AAAAAAAAGAUGGUGGUCAAAGCUGCGAGAAGCAGCUGACUCGUUAGAAAAGAUGUGAGGAGCUAAAAGUUUGGCUCUCGCCUAGACUAGUUUGAUUAGGUGGUGACCAGGCGAGGUGCGUGUCGUCGCGGCUGAUGCAGAGGAGGGCGAGUGAGGAGCUCCGGACGGACUGCGUCUCGUGCACAAGUUGUAAGAUGUUUGCAUGAAAAUAGGCCAGGGUUUGGCCCUCCAUCCUGCAUUGACCAUGGCGGACUCUGUCGCCUUUCACACUGAGCCAUGUAUGGAAACUGAGCCACAAUGCAGCACGGGUGCCAUCAAUGAUGCUUCUUCUGAGGAGCCCAAAGAGAAAAAAGUCAACCAUGAGCGUUGUGUGAAUGUGGGACAACGAAACGUUGACUGCUGGUUCUGUGAAGAAUGUAAAGAGUAUUUCCUAGAGGAAUGUCUAGUCCACGGUCCCCCCGUGUUUGUGCCUGAUACGCCCACUGCGCUUGGAGUGCCUGAUCGUGCAGCUCUCACUGUGCCUUCGGGGAUUCAGAUCGUUAGGGAAGGUCAGGACGUGGAAGUGUGCUGCAUGGAUGAGAAUAUCCCCAAGGGAGCUCUGUUUGGCCCCUACCAAGGCCAGCUGAUAGGAGCCCAUGACAAACCGUCAGGAACAUACUCCUGGAUGAUUGUUGAUGAGGACAACACCUACAAAACUAUCGAUGGCUGUGAUGUAACUAAAGCAAACUGGAUGAGAUACAUCCGGAUGGCUUCAGAGGAGGGUCAGAGAAACUUGAGUGCGUUCCAGCAUGGCGAGCAUAUUUACUUUCGAGUGUGUCGCAGACUGGCGGUUGGGGAGAGGCUUCGUGUGUGGUACAGCGAUGAGUACACAAAACGUCUACAGAGUAUGUCCCAGGACAGGACCAACCGCAAGCCGGACACAGGGUUAAAUUCAGAAGACACCACCCAACACCAAGAAGAAGCUAAAGGCCCACUUCUACGCUCGGCUUUACAUGGAAGGAGAACCCUCAUAAAGCAUGGGAGUGACGAGGCAGAUAGCCAACCUCAAGUGAAGAAGAAAAAAAUCGAUCUCAUAUUCAAAGAUGUUGUAGAGGCAUCUCUGGAAGCAAACCAAUGUCAGGACAAUCCACUAAACAGCACUCUAUCAUUACCAAGACCAAGAGUGCAGGUCAGCAAUGUCUUCAGCCAAUCCGGUACAUUUUCACCAAAUGUAGUGGAGACAAUCAUGGGCCAGACUGAGAGAAAAGUGCCUCUUGUGCCUGUAAAGCAGCUAGAGAGUAGUCUUGAAAGAUAUGUCAAAGUAGAAGAUGCGCAGGAGCCCACGAUGAUUAGUGAAGGCCCAUCUACAUCUUUUUGCCCAAACUGUGUUAGACUGAAGAGACGUAUACGUGAACUGGAAGCAGAGCUUCUUCAUUUCAAACAACAAGAGCAGACCGAGACAUUGGGCUUGCCCCCAUCCGAAUCCUUGCCAAGCGAUGACCUGAGAGUGGUAGAGGCUAUGACACCCAUUCCAGCUGGUAUGGAGGAGGAUGACCAGGAUGUUGACUCUGCAGAUGAAUCCAUAACUGCUGACAUGAUUGUAGCCACUGAUGACUCUUCAAAACUGUCUGUUAGCCCAGGUCGGCGAAUCCGACGCUUUAAACAAGAGUGGCUAAAGAAAUUCUGGUUCUUGCGUUAUUCUCCGACGUUGAAUGAGAUGUGGUGCCACGUGUGCCGGCAGUACACCGUACAGUCAUCAAGGACUUCUGCUUUCAUUAUUGGGUCCAAGCAGUUCAAAAUCCACACCAUCAAGCUUCAUAGCCAGAGCAAUCUCCACAAGAAAUGUCUGCAGUUGUAUAAGCUACGCAUGCACCCUGAGAAGACAGAAGAGAUGUGUCGGAACAUGAUGACACUGUUCAAUGCUGCUUACCAUCUUGCGGUUGAAGGACGGCCAUAUUCAGACAUACGGCCCUUAGCAGAGCUGUUAAAAAAGUGUGAACUUAAGGUAGUUGAUCAGUACAUGAACGAGAGUGACUGCCAGAUUCUUAUUCACCACAUUUCCCGAGCAUUUAAAGAGGACUUGGUAGAGAAGAUCCGUCUCUCACCUUUCCUUGGUGUGAUCAUGGAUGGGCAGAAUGAUGAUUUGCUAGCAGACACUGUUGCGGUUUACGUGCAGUUCAUCACCACAGAGGGCCCGCCUGCUACUGAAUUUGUCUCUUUACAGAGACUGAGUGGUAGCAGUGUAGAUGGAUACCUUCAAGCUAUUGACCGUGCCUUUGCUGUCCUAGGUCUACGGCUACAGGACAUGCUCGUGGUUGGCUUGGGAAUAGAUGGUUCCAACAUCUCUUCUAGCCUUCGGGCAAACCUCUAUGUAGCCAUACGGAAGACUUUUCCAUUUGUGUUGUGCCUGCCCGUAAUGAUUCAUCGUCCCCAUCUGGAGAUACUGGAUUCCAUCUGUGGGAAGGAGCUCUCAUGUUUAGAUGACUUGGAGAACAACUUGAAGCAUUUGUUGAGCUUUUAUCGAUACUCCCCUCGUAUGAUGACUGAACUGAGGUCAACAGCACCUACUCUGUCUGAGGAAACAGAGUUUCUUGGGGAUAUACGAGCAGUUCGCUGGAUCAUAGGUGAGCCUAAUGUCCUAAAUGCUCUCAUCAAGGACUAUCUCGAAGUAGUGACCCAUCUUAAAAGCAUCAGCACUCAGAUCCAGAGGGCAGAUGCGGCCGCCAUUGCUCUUUCUCUUCUUCAGUUCCUUAUGGAUUACCAGUCUGUGAAGCUUAUCUAUUUCCUUUUGGAUAUCAUUGCUAUACUGUCACGCCUUGCCUUCAACUUUCAGGGAGAUUAUCUACUAGUUUCUCAAGUAGAUGCCAAGAUUGCGGAAGCCAUUCAUGAGAUUGGUCAGCUAGUCGAUUCUCCAGGAGAGUACCUGCAAGAGUUUGAGGACAACUUUCGCGAAAGCUUCAAUGGAGUGGACCUCAAGAACCUGCGGGUGGCCGAAUCGAAGUUCCAGUCCAUCCGGGAGAAAAUCUGCCAAAAGACCCAGGGAAUUCUGACCCAGCGCAUUGAUCAGCACAGCCAUACUGUUGUGCAGGCUUGCAAGGUGCUUGACCUGUCCUCAUGGCCACGCAAUAGGGAUGACCUCCAAACCUAUGGAGAGGAAGAGAUCCUCCUCAUCUUUGACCAUCUGGAGACAAUUCCCUUGUCAGCUCGUGAGCUGUCACAUGACAGAAUGGAUUUACGCGGAAACCUGAUAAGAGAAUGGAGGGAUCUCAAAGCCGACUACUUUAGCAUGAAUGGCUUUAAGGAAGUAAUAAGUCAUAUCUGCAAAUAUAAGCAGCGCUUUCCUUUGCUCAACCAAAUCCAGCAGUUGUUGAGGGUCUUGCCAACAUCGACUGUCUGCUGUGACAAAGGACGAGAGUCUUUACACAAAGUAAGAAGGAAUAACCACUCCAGACUGACUCUGGAACAGAUGAAUGACCUGCUCACGUUGGCUGUUAAUGGGCCACCUAUUGUCAACUUUGAUGGCAAGAGGCCACUAGACAGCUGGUUUGAAGAGAAGUCGGGGAAUAGUUACGCACUUUCUGCAGAAGUGUUGAGCAGACUGUCCAACACUGAACAAAAACCUGUGCUGCACUCCAUGGAUGUGAAUUCAGAGUUUUAUCCUGGUAUUUGAUUAGAACCUGCGUUUCAGCCAAUAUUAUUCCGAAAAGCCAUCUCAGUGGGCGUGAACUGACCGGGGUCUGUUAUGUGAUUGGCCAAUAUGAAUGACAUUGGCUCUGCUGCUACAAUGGCCUGGUCAGCAAUCCUUAUUCAUACAAUUCAUUUAUUAAAAAAAUAAAAUAAAAAAUAGUAUGAAUGCCUUUGCAGGGCUUUGGCACUUACACACUUAAACCUAUUCUGGAAUGUGUAAUUAUUUUAUGUGAUUUGAUGUUCCAAAGAAAAAGAAAGCACUUAUUGUUAGGUUGAAUGAAAUGAAUAGCUGAAAUAUAUAAGAAAUGGAUAUUCCAUUUUGUGGACUCUUUUUUGGUUGUUAUUUUCACUUAUUAACUUCAGCGUGUCCAAUAUUUGCUUGAAUAUGCACAGUUAUGCCUGAGUUGCUUGUGUUCCUGAGAACCUGUUUUUUCUACUAUAAACUAUAUGGUUUCACUUUCUUCACUGUAUGAGAAUUAUGUAAGCUUUUAAUUAUGCCAUGUUUAAAUGCUGUUAAUCAUCCAUUUAAGUAGAAAGAGAUUUUGUGACCUUUCUUGCUCAAAGGUAAUAGCAUUAUUUUGAAUAAAAGUAAUUUUCUUGCUUUUUUUUUUUGCUUCAGAGAACCCUUACAAAGACUUACGGGCCAUAAUGCAUUGCAAAAUUGUAGCCCUGCAUGAUGCAGUUUAUUGCCAAUCGUCAAGCGGUUUGGAAUGCAAUAUGCAAGAUGCUCAUGCCUUAUACUCAUGUUUUAUUCUGAAUUUACUGUUCCUGUCAUGUUCUCUUUCUUCUUCUGUUUUAGACUAUAUACCUUCUGUCAGUGAGAUAGCAUCUGGGACAUUUCAACAUCCAAACAAACAGAUCACUUACAGACUAUUAAUAGUGCAAGAACAAAGAUUCUGAAAACAUGGUAUUGUGCUUGAGUACCUUGACACUGUUAUGUGUUGACCUAUAUCAUUUUAAAAUGUGCUUUUUUUUUAUUUACCACUAAAUAUUAUUGUUAACAUGUGCAAUGUAUUAAUCACACAUUUAUUGUCAGUUUCUGAAUACUGAAGAGUUAGGACACUUUUAUGCUCUAGUGAGGAAUACUAUGGAUUUAGAUCUUUAAAUCUGAUUUAUUUAGUGUUUAUAUAAACAAAAAGAAAUGAACAGAAUUUGCGAUGCUGCUUUAAAAAAAAGUCUUAACCAUUAUUGCCAAAGUUUCUACUGAAAUAAUGAGUACACGUGUAGAAUCUUAUCAUUUUUGCAAUCACUUUUAAUUGUGUUCUCUGAUAUAUCGCAUUUUAAAGGGCACAUAAAUGGAGAAUAUGGCCUUAUGCAGUAUAUGUUGUUGAAAUUUGUCUAGUGACAAAUUUGAUACAGUAAUAUUGCAUGUUAUCUGCACAGCUAGAUUUUUUUUUUUUACACAAAAAUUUGUAUGCAAGUAUUGAUAACCUUCGGUUGUUAUUUUGUAAUAUUGACAUUUUUCAGACCUAUAAAACCUGGCAUGUAUUGUUAUUAUUGAUAGCUUCAGAAAGGUUUUUCACACUUUAUUUUUUCCUCUCACAAUUUGAUUAUUAUUUAUGCAGAUCACAUACUGUGUGUAAAAAGCUUUACUGCAAAAGUAAUUUGCAUCAUUUAUUUUUUUUUCCAGAAAUAAAUAUUCAGUAUGUUUUAUGAUAAACCUUUAUACUUCCAACAAUGCAUAUUAGCUACAUACGUUUUUCUUCAUGUUAAUGAUUUAUUUUUGUUAAUUAUAAACAUUUCAUGUCAUAGCAUUCCUUGAUUUUAGUUCUAGUUAAGGUCCAAUUUAAUGGUGUAAUGGUUUUCUACAGAAUAAUACUGCAGUGUAAUUUUUGUUGUUGUUGUUUUCAUUUGUUUUUGUUGUUUAUUCAUGAAUGUACAGACUGUUACCUCAGAUGUGCCGUGAAAUGGAUAAUUUUGGUACCUAGCUGUAUUAGUCAACCAAAUGUAAUGUUGUGGUGUUUUAAUUUGUUUUAAUUUGUUCAGUGUGGGGUUUUUUUUUCUUCAUGAUGGUCUGGUACAGCCAUCAAUGCACACGUCUUCCUUGUUUGGAGAACGAUUGGGAUUUUUGGAUGGGAAUUUACCUUUUCUUUUCUUUUUUUUCACUUUCUUUCUUUUCCUUUUGGCACAAAGACACACAGUUGCUUGUACCUUAAUUACUAGAAUGUUUGUUGAAAUUAUUCAUUUCUCCCAUUCUUUAAAGAUCAUAAAAGAAGUCUAGAAAACAUUCAUAUGAUUUACAUAUUUUAAGGUAUUCACGAUAUUUUGUAUUGAUACCAUACCCUAUAUUGCUGAUACCUUGUUUGGUUAAACAAAAAGGAACAAAACCUUUCUGAUUUUAGGUUCAUAUUCAGAUGUUUCAGUAUGAAUGAUGCAUUUUGGUGUUCUUUUUUUUUUUUUUUUUUAUGAAGUCAAGCAAGUUGUAUCAUCAAAUAUAAACAUUUACAUAGCACUAUACAUCACAGACUUGGGAUUUUGCAUGAAUACAUUGUAACACUGGAAAUACAUAAUUAUAAAGUAUAUGUGAACUUAAGGAGUGAGUUGCAUAUAUGUGUGAGAUUAUAUACGAUAUAUGUCCACUCAAAAUGCAAGCUUAAUAAUAUAUAAUUCCACAUAUAAUGGUUUAAUAAAGUCGUUUUGUAUUUUAGAUGUA